UCAUGUCCGGCCGCGGCAAGGGCGGGAAGGGCCUGGGCAAGGGCGGCGCCAAGCGCCACCGCAAGGUGCUGCGCGACAACAUCCAGGGCAUCACCAAGCCCGCCAUCCGGCGGCUGGCCCGGCGCGGCGGCGUCAAGCGCAUCUCCGGCCUCAUCUACGAGGAGACCCGCGGGGUGCUCAAGGUGUUCCUGGAGAACGUGAUCCGCGACGCCGUCACCUACACGGAGCACGCCAAGCGCAAGACGGUCACGGCCAUGGACGUGGUCUACGCGCUCAAGCGCCAGGGUAAAAGAGCCAUGACUUCAUUAAGCCGACGCAAAGGCACUUCCAGUUGUAAACCGUGUUUGCAAAACCUCGUCAUGGCUCGCACGAAGCAGACCGCCCGCAAGUCGACCGGCGGCAAGGCCCCGCGCAAGCAGCUGGCCACCAAGGCGGCCCGCAAGAGCGCGCCGGCCACCGGCGGCGUCAAGAAGCCGCACCGCUACCGGCCCGGCACGGUGGCCCUGCGCGAGAUCCGGCGCUACCAGAAGUCCACCGAGCUGCUGAUCCGCAAGCUGCCGUUCCAGCGGCUGGUGCGCGAGAUCGCGCAGGACUUCAAGACCGACCUGCGCUUCCAGAGCUCGGCCGUCAUGGCCCUGCAGGAGGCGUGCGAGGCCUACCUGGUGGGGCUCUUCGAGGACACCAACCUGUGCUGACUACUUACUGUGUCCGGCCGCGGCAAGGGCGGGAAGGGCCUGGGCAAGGGCGGCGCCAAGCGCCACCGCAAGGUGCUGCGCGACAACAUCCAGGGCAUCACCAAGCCCGCCAUCCGGCGGCUGGCCCGGCGCGGCGGCGUCAAGCGCAUCUCCGGCCUCAUCUACGAGGAGACCCGCGGGGUGCUCAAAGUGUUCCUGGAGAACGUGAUCCGGGACGCCGUCACCUACACGGAGCACGCCAAGCGCAAGACGGUCACGGCCAUGGACGUGGUCUACGCGCUCAAGCGCCAGGGCCGCACCCUCUACGGCUUCGGGGGCUGAGCGUUCGCAUCUCCCCACCCGAACACCGCGAUUC